AUGCAUAGUCUAAUGAAGAAGACAGCAGUUUUGCCAAAUCCUCAAGAGGCCACAUGUAGUGAUCAUGGAAAGCCUUUGGAGCUAUUCUGUGAAACAUGUAAUACAAUAAUCUGUGUCACUUGUCAAGUUCGUAAUCACAAACAUCAUGAAUAUGACUUAAUUGCUGACAGUUAUACUAAACACAGUCAAGAGCUAAGAGAAUGUCUAUCACCAAUUGAAGGAAAGAAGGAAGCACUCAAAAAAGUCUUGUCUGCUAUAGAAGAGAGAGAGUGUGAGAUUAGAGAGAAAAGGGAAGGAAUCUUAGAAGAAAUACAUGAAAUGGUUAGGAUAUUAGGUACAUCCCCAGACAGUGCAGAGAACAGGUACAAGUUCUCAUGUUUACUUGACACAAUUGGAGUACAGCAACCAUGCGGAAAAGAACUAAUCGAAUCAGGGUCUACUUAA